GAGGAGAAAGGCAGGCAGGCGCGCAAAGCAAAGCACUCGUCUCGAGUCUCGCCUGGAGCGCACGCAAAAGGCGCAUUCCUUUCCUGCGCCUGGCCGUGGGCUGAAAGGGGGCAAAGUUUCGGGAUAGCCCCCUCAAAGCCAAGCUUGGCCACUCUACCUUGGCUCCAGAAGGAGAACCCACCCCUCAAAGCCGACUUGACCUCUUUUCCCGGGGCUCUAACAUAUCCCCCCAACCCCCAAAAAGGCAGCGGCGUCCAUCCCGAUGCGCCUUCCUUUCCCGGUGGAUGCGCCAGGUGGUGGUGGAGGGGCUCCCGGUGAACCAUGGCCAGCAGCAGCCCUUUACCUGUCGUCCCUCCGGAUCUGCUCCUGCCGAAUCCCUCUGGCACCUUCCCGGGGCCCCCUUUGAACCAGGGCCCCCCUCCUCCUCCCCGCGGUGCCAGCACCCCCUCAGGCCCCUCGCUGUCCACCAUGAAGCCCAACCAGGUGGGACAGGUGGUCCUCUACGGCAUCCCCAUCGUGUCACUGGUGAUCGACGGGCAGGAGCGCCUCUGCUUGGCCCAGAUCUCCAACACACUGCUCAAGACUUUCAGCUACAACGAGAUCCACAACCGUCGGGUGGCCCUUGGCAUCACUUGUGUGCAGUGCACCCCGGUGCAGCUGGAGAUCCUCCGCCGGGCAGGCGCCAUGCCCAUCUCGUCCAGGCGCUGUGGGAUGAUCACCAAGCGGGAGGCCGAGCGCCUCUGCAAGUCCUUCCUGGGUGAGAACCGUCCGCCGAAGCUGCCGGACAACUUUGCCUUCGACGUAGGGCACGAGUGUGCCUGGGGCUGCCGGGGCAGCUUCAUCCCAGCCCGGUACAAUAGCUCACGGGCCAAGUGCAUCAAGUGUGGCUACUGCAGCUUGUACUUCUCACCCAACAAGUUCAUCUUUCACUCGCACCGUGUCCCGGAGGCAAAGUACACGCAACCUGACGCCGCCAACUUCAACUCCUGGCGGAGGCACCUUAAACUCAGCGACAAGACCCCCCCUGACGAGCUGGUCUUUGCCUGGGAGGAUGUCAAGGCCAUGUUCAACGGCGGGAGUCGGAAGAGGGCACUCCCGCAGGCUUCCAGCAGUCAUCACCAUCACUCCUUGUCUGUUGGGGGUGCGGCAGGGACCACCUCGCAUUGCCCACCACUAGGUGGUACCGUCAAGGCCUCUCCAGGUGUGGUGGGUGCAGGAGGGGGUCUGCUCAGCCCACAUCUCUUGCCACCCCCACCUCCACCUCCGCCCGAGCUCCACCACCCACACCACUUGCCUUCCAAGCGCGGGCGCUUCCUCGACGGCACUGAAGCCGAGCUGCAGGAGGCAGUGGCUGCUUUGGUGCAAGGAGGAGGUGGAAACAAAGCUCCUCGCAGCUACCCAGUGAUCCCAGUGCCCAGCAAGGGGCCCUCGUCCUUCGGGAGCGUCUUGCAGAAGUUCCCAUCAUGUGGGGGACUCUUCCCACACCCUUACGGCUUCCCUGCUGCUGCCUUUGGGCUGUGCCACAAGAAGGAAGAGGCAGAGGGGAUGGGACAAAGCGGGACCAAAGCCAACUCUGCAACAGUGGCCUCUGCCUCUGCUGCCCCGACGGCGGGUCUCUCGGGCCUUUUCUGGCCUGGUGCGAGAAAGGACGCUGCCACUGCUGCCGCCGCUGCUGCCGCUGCUGCUUUUUACCCUCCUUUCUGCAUGUUCUGGCCACCCAGGGCCCCUGGAGGGCUCCCCGGUCUUCCGACGUACCUCCAACCGCCUCCUCCACCGCCUCCUCAGCCUCCCAACUGUACCGUUGAAGGUCCCGGAUUGCUCCGGCAAGCCUUCCUUGACUUAGGAGACCCCAGCGGGGAAGCGGGGACCCCUGGGGCCCCAAGCGGAGACAGGGAGGCCCGGGGCUUCGAGGGCGAAGAGGCAGUGCCCUCUCCUCCCGCAGAAGGGGGUCCUGCAGCCCCUCCGCCUGCUUUGCUGGAAGAAGCACCCCCGAGGGGCAAGGGCGGUCCCUCUUCCUCCUCCUCUUCCUCCUCAUACCACCAUUCCAGUGCUUUCCGCCCCGUCGGGGGCAAAGAGGACUCGGAGAGCUUGGCCAAACUCCACCAUCACCACCACGCGCAUCAUCCCCACUCACAGUCCUCCUCUUCCUCACCACCUUUGCUGCUCUUGAGCUCAGAGAGGGAGCCGUCGGGUGCCCACCGCCUCCUCUUGUCCCCCGAAGGCACCAGUUGCAGCUUCAACAGCGAAGAGGAGGAGGAAGAGAGCAGUGCGGAGGAAGGGCAGCCAGAGGAAGGGGAAGAGGAGCCUGAGGUGGACGUGGAGGAGCACAAGGCACCAGAGGAGGAAGAAGAAGAGGAAGAGGAGGAAGAGGAGAUGCGGGAGGAAGCGGAACCAGACGUGGUGGUGGAACAUUACCUGCCCAGCCAAGGACUGACGGACACAGGGGAGGACAACAAGGGGCCUGGUCCCGAGAAGCAACAGCUUUCCCCUUCACAGCCCCCUCCUCUUCCUCCCACCGCCUCCCCCAAAAGGGCCAACAGCCCCAGGGACAUCCUCCAAGGCACCCAGGAGGCCACACAGCGGCCCAUGGCCCCUUACAAAGAUAUUCAGAAGAGCAAGGAAGGGAGCCAAGUUGUAUCCCUGAAGGAAAAUAAUUUCUCAGAUAAAAACAAGGAGCACAGUUUUUUCAUCACGGAAGCAGAACACCCGGCAGGAGACUUCUGGAGAAAUAUAGCUGGUGAACCCAUACAGGAAACCAAUCCACCUCAUUCUCUGAAAAAGGAUGUCGAAAACAUGGGGAAAGAAGAGCUUCAGAAGGUCUUGUUUGAACAGAUCGACCUGCGGAGAAGGCUAGAACAGGAGUUCCAGGUCCUCAAAGGAACGGCCUCUUUCCCAGUAUUCAAUAAUUUUCAAGAUCAGAUGAAGCGUGAAUUGGCCUACAGAGAAGAAAUGGUUCAACAAUUACAAAUCAUUCCCUAUGCAGCAAGCUUGAUCAGGAAAGAAAAACUCGGAGCACAUCUCAGCAAAAGCUAAAAGCAGGUGCAUCAGAACUUCUUGUAAGAUACCACCCAUCACUCUGAAUUCAGACUUACCUAAAGACUGAAAAUGGAAGGGCUUUGGGUAUAAAACAAAAACAAAAGGAACAAAGAAAUAAACCAGGUUCCACUCAACCUAAGGACAAGUGACCUCAAAGCUUCAUGGACAACCCAUGUAAAUUAGAAUGUAGCAGCCAUUUAUUGAUUUUUUUAAGACAACAGAAAAGGAAGGGGGAAAUGGAACACAUUCAAGAAUGCUUGUCUUGGAUCUUUUCGGUGGUACCAAAGUUCGGUUUGGUGUUUUUAGAAGGACUUCUCCUGAACUUGAUAGAAACUGUGAAAAGGCUUUUGACCUGGUCGUGUGGAUAAACCCAUGCAAAGAACUCCCUGGCACCUCUCCGUCCUAUGCCAUGAAAAGCGUUUUAGAGUUAUGCUAUUUUGCUUUUUGGAAAGUGAUUCUUUUCUGGAGAGUAAUGUGAUUCAGAAAAACAAAACUCAACAACAACAAUCAUGGGCAAGCAUUACAUCAAGAAGUCCCAAUGGAAGAGCAUUAGCCAUAUCCAGGGCUUUCUGAAAGCAACCUGGAAACUUCAAGGAUCCCAUACAUCCAUUCCAGCCCAACCCAAAACAAUUCCCUCGUCCCUUCCCAGACUCUGUCCAUUCUCUCCUGGUAUUUUGCCUGCUGUAUGAAUGAAGAUUGUACUCUUCUGGAAAUAUUUUACAAUUUAUUAUUGAGUGUAAUUAAAAAAAAAUAUAACCACUGAGAUUAAAAAAAGGUAUUUAACUCUGUUGUAGUUUCUUUAACAUUCAUGUGGAUAAAAAGAAGUCUAUAAUAAAAACACAAAACUAUAUGAUGCAA